AUGCCCCCUGUACCUCAGCAUGGAAGACGUCCCGACCAGCAGCAUCGACUGCGCCAGCCUCGCUCUGCCAGUACGCAGCCGCCGUCAGAUGGUUUGCCUCCUGCUGAGCGUCCGCUGUCCGAGCGCUUGGUUUCUUUGGGUUCGGCGAUGCGCUGGAGGAAGGCUCCAAAGCACUUCAAUUGCAUCACCCUUGGCAUCAUCGCGGCAAGCCUGGCUGUAGUCAUAGGAAUUGCCAUUGCCCUGAACAACUCGAACCCCGACGAUGCUCUCUGGGGCGCCACCUCGCCACCAUUCUACCCCUCGCCGUGGAUGGAUGGCUCUGGUGGUUGGACAGAGGCCUACGCAAAGGCCCAGGACUUCGUCAAGCAGAUGACUCUGCUCGAGAAGGUCAACCUCACGACCGGCACCGGCUGGGAGAGCGGUCCUUGCGUCGGAAACGUCGGUCCUGUCCCCCGUCUGGGGCUGCACUCUCUGUGCAUGCAGGACUCGCCCACUGGCAUCCGCUUCACCGACCACAACUCCGCAUUCACUUCUGGCGGCACCAUCGCUGCUUCGUUCGAUCGCAGACUCUGGUACAAGCGCGGAUAUGACAUGGGUGCUGAGUUUGCUGGAAAGGGCAUCGACGUGCUUCUUGGCCCCGUCGUUGGUCCCCUGGGACGCACUCCCACCGGCGGCCGUAACUGGGAAGGCUUCAGUCCCGACCCUGUUCUGUCUGGAAUUGCUGUUGGAGAGACGGUCAAGGGAAUCCAGGAUGCCGGCGUCAUCGCUUGCACCAAGCACUACAUCCUCAACGAGCAGGAGCACUUCCGCCAGGCCCCUGAGUCGCAGGGCUUCGGCGUCAACAUCACCGAGUCCAUCUCUUCCAACAUCGACGACAAGACAAUGCACGAGCUGUACCUUUGGCCCUUUGCCGACGCCGUCAGGGCUGGCACUGGCGCCAUCAUGUGCAGCUACAACCAGAUCAACAACAGCUACGGCUGCCAGAACUCGCACACGCUCAACUACCUCCUCAAGGGCGAGCUUGGCUUCCAGGGCUUCAUCAUGAGCGAUUGGCAGGCUCAGCACUCGGGCGUGGGCUCUGCCCUCGCUGGUCUGGAUAUGGCUAUGCCCGGUGACACCCUCUUCAGCACCGGUAAUGCUUUCUGGGGCGCCAACAUGACGCUUGCCGUCGUCAACGGCACCAUCCCCGAGUGGCGUCUCGAUGAUGCUGCCACCCGUAUCCUCGCCGCUUACUUCUUUGCCGGCCGCGACAAGAACUACAUUCCCACCAACUUCAACUCUUGGACGCUCGACACCGAAGGAUACCAAAACGCAAUCGCUGAUGCCAACUGGGGCGUCGUCAACCAGCACGUCAACGUUCGCGCCGACCAUUUCAAGAACAUCCGUGAGGCUGCUGCCAAGUCGACCGUGCUCCUGAAGAAUGCCAACGGCACUCUCCCUCUGACUGGCAAGGAGAAGUUUGUCGGCGUCUUCGGCAGUGACGCCGGUGACUCGCCGAAUGGCCCCAAUGGCUGCGAUAACCACGGCUGUACCAACGGCACUCUCGCCAUGGGCUGGGGUUCCGGAACUGCAAACUACCCCUAUCUGAUCUCACCCCUGACUGCCAUUCAGAACGAGGUCUAUGCCAACAACGGCGUCAUUGACUGGGUCACCGACGACUGGAACUACGACAGAGUCAACGCGGUUGCCAAGCAGGCCAGCCACGCUCUCGUCUUCGUCAACUCCGACAGUGGUGAGGGCUUCAUCGACUUCGACGGCAACGUCGGCGACCGCAAAAACCUGACCGUCUGGCAUGACGGCGAGGCCUUGAUUGCCAACGUGACGUCGGUCAACGACAACGUCAUCGUCGUCAUCCACAGCGUCGGCCCUGUCGAGCUCGGCGCCUUCAACGACAACCCCAACGUCACCGCCAUCAUCUGGGCCGGUCUCCCUGGCGAGCAGUCCGGCAACGCUCUCGCUGACGUCCUCUACGGCCGCGUCAACCCCGGCGCCAAGCUGCCCUUCACCAUCGGUGCCAAGCGCGAGGACUACGGCACGGAGCUGCUGUACGAGCCCAACAACGGCGCCGACGCACCGCAGGACGACUUCAACGAGGGCGUCUUCAUCGACUACCGCAGCUUCGACAAGCACAACAUCACCCCCACGUACGAGUUCGGUUUCGGCCUCUCCUACACCACCUUCGACUACUCGGACCUGCAAAUCGUCAAGCACACCGUCGCCGACUACACCCCCACCACCGGCAACACCACCGCCGCCCCCGUCCUCGGCAACUACAGCACCGACCUUGGCGACUACCAGUUCCCCGACGACAUCUCCCCCAUCCCGCUCUACCUGUACCCCUACCUCAACUCCACCGAUCCGGCCACGGCCAACGGCGACUCGGAAUCGGAAUACGGCGCCCCCAACGACACGUACAUCCCGGCCGGCGCCCUCGACGGCUCCUCUCAGGCCAAGAUCCCGGCCGGCGGCGCGCCCGGCGGCAACCCCGCCCUGUACGAUGUUUUGUUCACCGUCACCGCCACCGUCACGAACACCGGUGACGUCGAGGGCGAUGAAGUCCCCCAGCUGUACGUGUCGCUGGGUGGACCGGAGGACCCGAAGGUGCAGCUCAGAGGUUUCGAGAGGUACACGAUCCAGCCCGGUCAGAGCGUGAGGUUUGGCGUCGAUGUGACGAGGAGGGAUCUGAGCAAUUGGGAUGUCGUGAGUCAGAAUUGGGCCAUCAGCGAGUUUGAGAAGGAGGUUUUCGUGGGUAGCAGUUCGAGGAAACUGCCGUUGAGUGGGGUGUUGGAUGUCUAA